AUGUCGAUUGAACAGGCUAGGAAGUUAGCUGGUGUUAAAAAGUACGAAGAAGCGGAAUCUGUUUAUCUUUCUUUACUUAAUGAUGUCAAAUUGCAUGAUAAGAGACAUGCGCAGUUGCAGGAGCAAUCCAUUCUUGAGCUAGGACAUAUGUAUGCUCUGUCGCACCAGUCAGAUAAGUUAGCAGAAUUUAUUCCCAAGUCGCGAGAAUUUAUGAUGCAGUUUGCGAAGUCCAAGACGGCGAAGGUGUUGAAGACGUUGAUUGAUCAUUUUGAGUUGAUUCCAAAUACGUUACAUAGACAGAUUGAAGUUUGUAAGGAGUCGAUUGAAUUCGCUCAGGCUGAGAAGAGGGUAUUUUUAAAGCAUUCUCUUUCUGUGCGGUUGGCUACGUUGUACUAUCAGGGAGCGCAGUACCAUGACUCGCUAAAAUUAAUUAACGAUCUGUUGAAGGAGUUUAAAAAACUAGAUGAUAAGUCGUCAUUGGUGGAAGUGCAUUUAUUGGAAUCGAAGGUAUACCAUAAAUUGCGUAAUCUGGCCAAGUCCAAGGCUGCUUUGACAAGUGCAAGGACAUCUGCAAAUUCUAUAUAUUGUCCUACACUAACUAUGGCAGAGUUGGAUCUAACGAGCGGUAUUUUACAUUGUGAAGAUAAAGAUUACAAAACGGCAUUUUCCUAUUUCUACGAAUCUUUCGAAGCCUUCCACAAUUCUGUCGACUCCUCGGAGAAGGCAUGUCAAGUCUUAAAGUAUAUGCUGUUAUCAAAGAUUAUGUUGAAUCUAAUUGACGAAGCCACAAACAUUCUAAACGCCAAGUAUACGAAGGAAUCAUAUCAAUCGCGUGGAAUUGAUGCAAUGAAAGCUGUUGCUGAUGCAUACUCCCAUAGGUCGCUAUUGGAGUUCAAUACAGCAUUAAAGAAUUACGAGGAAGAGCUUAUGGGUGAUGAUUUGAUCAGAUCACACUUCAACGCCUUGUACGACACACUAUUGGAGUCUAAUUUAUGCAAAAUCAUUGAACCAUUCGAAUGCGUCGAGGUAUCGCAUAUAUCUAAGAUGAUUGGAUUGGACCCACAGCAAGUUGAAGGUAAGCUAUCGCAGAUGAUCUUAGAUAAGGUGUUCUACGGUGUUUUGGAUCAAGGGAAUGGCUGGCUAUAUGUCUACACCACCCCAGAGCAGGAUGCCACAUACGAUUCUUCCUUAGAAUUAAUUGGUAAAUUGAAUAAAGUUGUGGAACAACUGUUUGAGAAGGCUAGUAUUUUGAACUGA